AUGCUGCUAGAUGAGACUCGGCCUGCUUCUCCCAUCGAAUUAUACUUCGCCAGAUGCCUUGGCUUCAGCCUUCUCACUAUCGCCGUUUUGACCGUCAUGCUAACCGGCUCCAUCCCUCUGACGUCCGACACCAAGGAGUCUGUGACAGCAGAGGAAGAUGAUCCCAAGGCGCCAUACGCUGUGCCAACUAUGAUGGUGACAUCUAUUUUCCAUGCCGCAUGUGCUUUCUACGCGUACACAUGGUAUGUUACUGGUGGAUCGGGUCUCUUUGCUGUUGGUAUCGCUGGAUACUCUAGUAUUGCAGCCAUCGGGUUGUGGUGCAUGCUCUUUGCUAGCAGCCAUGGCAGAAUCAGUCGCCGCACGGGCGCAGACAAGAGGACGACGGGAUAUCCUUUCAAGAAUUCGGAGGCAGCGAAGAAACAUGGCAAGGGUCUGUAA